UGCUUCUUCGUUCUUUCAUCAUCCGUCAUUGAUUGUUCCCUCGUCACCUCCUUUACGCUUCUCCGGGCACAUUCUUUCCCAACCGACCCUCUACAACCGGCCUCUCUACAGCUAGUGGGUCUAGAUAUUUCCAUCGGUCUCAUUGAUAGCUCCGACCCUUGUUUGUCCUUAUAUCAAGUCGUGUCCCGCCUUGUAUAGCGCCCAACACGUGCGCUAGGUGCGCUGUGGAUGGUGAUGGCUCCUUCGCUCGCCCCAACUCCCGGUUCGCCUUCACAGGCAGAUACCCCAAUGACAGAUGCGAACCUUGAGCCCGUCACGUCAGUGCCGGUGGAUAGCGCAGACGCGCCGAUGACGGGAUAUCAGGACACCCCAGACUACACGGAUUCGGAUACGAACCCCAAUACCACGGCUAGCAGUGUUGCAGGCGACGCAGUGCCUUUGGAUGGCCGGAGGCGGAGGUCUGAAGCCUUUCACAUGAGGAAAAGUAUUCUGGGCAAGAAGCACGGUCGUUUGGACGAAUCUAAGGAAGAUGACUCUAUCCGACGAUUUCGCUAUCUUCUCGGUCUGACAGACUUGUUCCGUCAUUUCAUCGAAACAAACCCCAACCCGCGGAUUAAGGAGAUCAUGGCCGAGAUUGACCGGCAAAACGCCGAGGAGGAGGCAAAGGCUAAGAAGGGUACUGCGCGCUCGGGCGGUGCAGGCGGUGACAGACGUCGCAGGACAGAGCAGGAGGAAGAUGCCGAACUGUUGAAGGACGAAAGAAGUGGCGGCGAAACCGGCACAGUCUUCCGGGACUCCCCACCGUUCGUCAAGGGCGAGAUGCGUGAUUACCAGAUUGCAGGACUGAACUGGCUUGUCUCGCUGCAUGAAAACGGUAUCUCGGGUAUUCUGGCCGACGAGAUGGGUCUGGGCAAGACUUUGCAGACCAUCUCCUUCCUUGGCUACCUCCGACAUGUCUGCGAUAUUACUGGCCCACAUCUCAUCGCCGUUCCGAAGUCCACGCUUGAUAACUGGAAGCGGGAGUUUGGAAAGUGGACACCCGAAGUCAAUGUGCUUGUCCUCCAGGGUGACAAGGAGCAGCGGCACAAGUUAAUCAAUGAACGGCUCCUUGAUGAGAAUUUCGACGUUUGUAUCACCAGUUAUGAGAUGGUUCUCCGGGAAAAGUCCCACCUGAAGAAGUUCGCAUGGGAGUACAUCAUCAUCGACGAAGCCCAUCGGAUCAAGAACGAGGAGUCUUCUCUUGCGCAGAUUAUCCGAGUUUUCCAUUCCCGGAAUCGACUACUGAUCACCGGAACCCCGCUUCAGAAUAAUCUGCACGAGCUUUGGGCCCUUCUCAACUUUUUGUUGCCGGACGUAUUCGGUGAUUCGGAGGCAUUUGACCAGUGGUUUUCCGGCCAAGACGCCGACCAGGACACUGUUGUACAACAGCUCCAUCGCGUCUUGCGGCCUUUCUUGCUUCGUCGUGUCAAGAGCGACGUCGAAAAGAGCCUGCUCCCUAAGAAAGAGGUCAAUCUAUACGUGCCCAUGUCGGAAAUGCAGAUCAAAUGGUAUCAGAAGAUCCUCGAGAAGGAUAUCGAUGCCGUUAACGGUGCCGCCGGCAAGCGGGAGUCGAAAACCCGUCUGCUGAACAUUGUCAUGCAGCUUCGCAAGUGUUGCAACCACCCUUAUCUUUUUGAAGGGGCUGAACCUGGCCCUCCGUACACGACUGAUGAGCACCUGGUCUAUAAUGCCGGCAAGAUGGUCAUUCUUGAUAAGCUGCUAUCGCGUAUGCAGAAGCAGGGAAGUCGCGUACUCAUCUUUUCUCAAAUGAGUCGUGUCCUUGAUAUUUUGGAAGACUACUGCGUUUUCCGUGAGUACAAUUACUGCCGUAUUGAUGGUACAACAGCCCAUGAGGACCGUAUCGCUGCGAUCGACGAUUACAACAAGCCAGGCUCGGAGAAGUUCGUCUUCCUCCUUACAACAAGAGCGGGAGGGUUGGGUAUCAAUCUGACAACUGCGGAUAUUGUUGUGCUCUACGAUAGCGACUGGAACCCUCAGGCGGAUCUGCAGGCUAUGGACCGUGCUCAUCGUAUCGGCCAGACAAAGCAGGUUGUGGUAUUCAGAUUCGUCACGGAGGAUGCGAUCGAAGAAAAAGUAUUAGAACGUGCUGCGCAGAAGCUCCGAUUAGACCAGCUUGUCAUCCAGCAGGGACGUGCCCAGCAACAGACCAAGAAUGCCGCGUCCAAGGAGGAGUUACUCGGCAUGAUCCAGCACGGAGCUGCCAAUGUCUUCAACACGAAGGGCAAUGGUGGCAGCUUGUCCACAGAACACCAGAUAACCGAUGAUGACAUCGACAGCAUUUUGCGCAAGGGUGAGGAACGGACUGCGGAACUAAACAAAAAGUACGAGAAACUUGGUAUCGAUGACUUGCAGAAAUUCAGUUCUGAAAGCGCCUACGAAUGGAACGGCAAAGAUUUUACAGAUCGCAAGAAGGACAUCGGUAUCAACUGGAUCAACCCAGCGAAGCGAGAGCGAAAGGAACAGUUCUACUCGAUCGACAAGUACUAUCGCCAAGCUUUGGCUACUGGUGGUAGGACGGCCGAUCCCAAACCAAAGGUUCCUCGGGCACCAAAGCAGAUUGCUGUUCAUGAUUGGCAGUUCUUCCCACCUGGGCUCCAAGAGCUGCAGGAGAAGGAGACAGCCUACUUUCACAAAGAAAUCGGAUACAAAGUUCCGCUUCCUGACGGCCCUGAGGAAGAGUUGAGCGAGCGCGAGGCUGAGCGUGAUCUGGAGCAACAAGAGAUUGACAAUGCGGUGCCGCUAACAGAAGAGGAACAGGCGGAGAAAGCGAGGAUGUCUGAGGAGGGCUUUUCCACCUGGAACCGUCGGGAUUUCCAGCAGUUCGUGAACGGUUCGGCCAAAUUUGGCCGUACUGACUACGAUGGCAUCGCCACCGAAGUGGAUAGUAAAGAACCGGAUGAGAUUGAGGAGUACGCGCAGGUGUUCUGGGAGCGCUACACGGAAAUCCAAGAUUAUCCCAAGUACCUUCGUGUCAUUGAGCAGGGUGAGGAGAAGGUACGGAAGAUGAACCACCAACGCAAAAUGCUUCGCAAGAAGAUGGAGAUGUACCGCGUUCCCCUCCAGCAGGUCAAGAUCAACUACACUGUGUCUACCACCAACAAGAAAGUAUACACGGAAGAGGAAGACCGGUUUUUGUUGGUGAUGUUGGACAAGUAUGGAGUUGAUGGCGAAGGUCUCUACGAGAAGAUUCGCGACGAGAUUCGCGACUCCCCUCUGUUCCGCUUUGACUGGUUUUUCCUCAGUCGUACCCCAGUCGAGAUCGGGCGUCGCUGCACCACCCUAUUGAACACCGUUGCCAAGGAAUUCGAAGCCGAUGAUGGAAAAACCAACGGGGAGAGCGGUAAAGGCCGAGGACGUGACCGCGACGAUGAUGAGGCGGAGGAUGAUGAUGGCCCUCCAGCCAAGAAAAAGACAAAGGGCGGUGCAGUUAACAAGCAGGUCAAAGCUGUCAAGGGAGGGAGCAAAGCAACUUCCACCUCGACGUCGCGCGCAGCCAGCGUCUCCUCUAACGCGGCCCCCAAAUCCAGGAGUCGGAAGAAAUGAUAUCUCGUAUCUUCGGAGGUGGUCUAGGUGGGCGACGACUGGGAUUGUUAUGACUGUUCUGUAGACUGUUUGGGAAGCAUUUUUGACAGAGGAAGGGGUUUAUUGGUUCUUUUUGUUCCAUAUAUGUCGGUCCGGCGUUGGCAGAUAGAUGCCAUUGUAGUUUAUGAUUCAUCUUCAUUUAUCUCCUUGACUCACAUCUGUAAAAUGACA